AUGCCAGGCCACAAGCUACCUGUGCUAGCUUCUCAGUCCUCAGCCUUCAUCGUCCGUAAGUCCCUAGCACUAGGUCCUCAGUCCUCAGCCUUUAUAGGCCCUCAGUCCCUAGCACUAGGUCCUCAGUCCUCAGCCUUCAUCGGCUCUCAGUCCCUAGCACUAGGUCCUCAGUCCUCAGCCUUCAUAGGCCCUGAGUCCCUAGCACUAGGUCCUCAGUCCUUAGCCUUCAUAGGCCCUCAGUCCCUAGCACUAGGUCCUCAGUCCUCAGCCUUCAUAGGCCCUCAGUCCCUAGCACUAGGUCCUCAGUCCUCAGCCUUCAUCGGCUCUCAGUCCCUAGCACUAGGUCCUCAGUCCUCAGCCUUUAUAGGCCCUCAGUCCCUAGCACUAGGUCCUCAGUCCUCAGCCUUCAUCGGCUCUCAGUCCCUAGCACUAGGUCCUCAGUCCUCAGCCUUCAUAGGCUCUCAGUCCCUAGCACUAGGUCCUCAGUCCUCAGCCUUCAUCGGCUCUCAGUCCCUAGCACUAGGUCCUCAGUCCUCAGCCUUUAUAGGCCCUCAGUCCCUAGCACUAGGUCCUCAGUCCUCAGCCUUCAUAGGCCCUCAGUCCCUAGCACUAGGUCCUCAGUCCUCAGCCUUCAUCGUCCUUAAGUCCCUAGCACUAGGUCCUCAGUCCUCAGCCUUCAUCGGCUCUCAGUCCCUAGCACUAGGUCCUCAGUCCUCAGCCUUCAUAGGCCCUCAGUCCCUAGCACUAGGUCCUCAGUCCUCAGCCUUCAUCGGCUCUCAGUCCCUAGCACUAGGUCCUCAGUCCUCAGCCUUCAUAGGCCCUCAGUCCCUAGCACUAGGUCCUCAGUCCUCAGCCUUCAUUCGCUCUCAGUCCCUAGCACUAGGUCCUCAGUCCUCAGCCUUCAUCGACUCUCAGUCCCUAGCACUAGGUCCUCAGUCCUCAGCCUUCAUAGGCCCUCAGUCCCUAGCGCUAGGUCCUCAGUCCUCAGUCUUCAUAGGCUCUCAGUCUCUAGCACUAGGUCCUCAGUCCACAGCCGUACUAGGUCUGCUGUCUCCAGGACUAAUCAGCCCUCAAUUCCAAGCUCAAAUUAGUCAUCAGGCUCCUACUCGGCUAGGCUCAGAUUUACCAGUUUCUCCAGUAGGGCUCUAUUGUUCUCCUAGGUCUGUCAGUUUCCCGGUCGGGUCCAGAGUCAGUUUCCCGGUCGGGUCCAGAGUCAGUUUCCCGGUCGGGUCCAGAGUCAGUUUCCCGGUCGGGUCCAGAGUCAGUUUCCCGGUCGGGUCCAGGCAUUCUCAUGUUCCUAGACGCACAAGACAAUAGAUGUCAUCACGUUUGGCCAUUUGGAUUAUGUCAGAGAUCCCCGAGCCAACUAGGUGAAACAUCUGUCGAUGUGCCCUUGAGCAAGGCACUUAACCCGAAUUUCUCCAGGGUCACUGUCAAUAACGGUUGAUCCCUGGCUGUGACCCCACUCUUCGA